AUGGCGGGCAUACGGAGAAUGGAUGGACUUCAACAGCAGGACAGUCCUCCAGUGACUGAAGAGAAACUGAAGCCCUUACUGGAGGAUCCCCGCCGUAACAUUGCAGGAGAUAUCAACUCAUUUAAAGAUGAAAUCCAUGGGGUAUCUGUGUGCCUGCAUGACACUGAAAUUAACACUGCUGCCCAAGAGAGCCGCAUUACUGGGUUAGAAAAUGAACUGACUACACUCAAACAUGACCUGGCUCAAACCCA